UUGGAAGGAAACUCCCUUUCCCUUCUCUUCCCUCCCCUCCCCUCCAAAUCCCUCAAUCCAAACACACUCUUAAGCUCAUGAGGAAUUAGUUUACUGGUUUUGGGGAAUCUUUGCAGAUGUCCACAACAUGAGACUGACCGGUUCAGCAAAGAUGUGGUUAGCUAUAGUCCAAAUUCUGGAAUACCAAACACACACACUUUUGGAGUUAUCAUGUGAGCAAUGACAAUGAGAUUCCGACUAAAUUUAAUUUUAUCUGUUUGGACAAGAACUUUCUGAUAACGAAUUGUGGACUAUAGACCAAUAACAGUUAAUUCUAUGCUUAUAUGAAUAACUUAAGGGUGUGGUGUAUUGUUAAUAGUUGGUUCUUCAAUGUAUUUCUUUUUUUCAUUGAUAAACCCACCAACCCAACUAGCUAGUCAAAUAAAUAUUUCAGUUUUUGUCUUCUUUCUGUUGUUUUAGAAUAUCUGGGGUUGGAGCAAUCGUGUCUUACUGCUGGCGUAAGCAUGUGGAAUUCAUUGUUUCUAUUUUAUAAGUAAACUGAGCUGCACUUAAUAAUGUGUGAUACAAUUAGCUCCACUAUUAUUGCUGGACUGGUAAAGUUUCCAUUGACUUGUAGCAGAAGAUGAGUUCUAGUUCAUCUGUUAUUCCUGUAGUCCAGAAAAGGCUUGGAGGGAAGGUUGCAAUUAUUACCGGUGGAGCUAGCGGAAUUGGGAGAGCACAGUCAGACUGUUUGUCCAAAAUGGUGCCAAAGUCCUGAUUGCAGACAUUCAAGAUGAGCUCGGUAACUCCCUUUGCCAAGAACUUGAUUCCUCAGAAUCACAAUCACAUACGUCCAUUGUGACGUUACAUCUGACACUGAUGUCAAGAACACUGUGGAUCUUGCCAUCUCCAUGUAUGGAAAGCUGGACAUCAUGUUUUGUAAUGCCGGGAUCUCUGGCAUAUUAGAAUCAAGAGUUGUAGCUACAGAUAAUGAAGAUUUUAAGAGGGUGUUAGAUGUGAACCUGUUUGGUGUUUUCUUGGGUGCAAAACACGCUGUGAGAGUAAUGAUUCCAGCCCAGAAAGGAUCUAUUGUCCUCACAUCGAGUGUUGGUUCAGUGUCUGCCUCUGGUAUAGGGCACGCAUAUAUAGCAUCAAAACAUGCUGUGGUAGGGUUGACUAAGAAUUUAUGUGUGGAGCUGGGGAAGCAUGGGAUCCGGGUUAACUGUAUAUCUCCGUUUGGAGUAGCGACUCCAAUGAUGAGGUCACUUGGGAUGAUGGAGAAGGAUAAGUAUGAGGAGGUGGUUUCUUCUGCGGCAAAUUUGAAAGGUGUGACUUUGGAAGCACGAGAUAUUGCAGAGGCCGCAUUGUAUCUGGCGAGCAAGGAAUCCAAGUAUGUGAGUGGAAUCAACCUGGUGGUUGAUGGAGGUUAUAGUACUACCAACCCUGCCUUUCAUAUGCAAUUAAACAAUUUGUUUUCUUGAUUUUUUAACUCUCUUACGUACAAUAAGCCUCAUUAAGAGGUAGUCCGUUGUUGUAUUUGUGGACUUUUGUAGCUUGUCAUUUCUCAAAAAGAAAAACUCAAUCCCAUAUGAAUACUUAAAAUAAUUGGUUCCAACUCCCAUCUAUUGAUAACAAUGUUCAAAUGUUCUUCAAUAAUAAUCAAAAAGUGUUGGGACCAGUAUUGAAUUGAAUUGCUAUAUUUAAUUCACACUGCUUUAUGUGAAUUUGAAAAGGGUUCCAC